AUGAGGGCACGCGUGGAGCCUGCCGCUGACACAGCGGUGGUUCGUGCUAUGCCAAAUGCGGAGCGAUUGGCUCGCCAGGAAGCCUUGAAGAAGCGGGUCACGGGCCUCAUUCUUUCACCCGAAACCUUGCCUGCCCAUUCUGUCGUGGAUACUCUCGUCAAACAACUGGAGGAUGGAGUCCUUCAGUACUUGCCAGCAUAUCGCAUCAUCAGCUGUGCCCAAGAAGCUCAGCAGUUGAAGAAAGACCAGCAGGUGGUGGUAGAUGGCGAAGGGAACCUGAAAAUGGCUAGCAAGGCUGAGUCCGCCACUUGUGACACGCACACUGACUUGGCUCUGCGCAAUGCUUGGACUCGUCGUUCGCUGGCCUAUGAUCUUGCGGGUCUCUGCAGCUUUCAGGUUCUUGAGGAGUGGUGUCACAAAUGCUUCCUUGCUUUGAUGAGGCCUGUGCCCAGUGGUUAUUCCAAGGUAACCACUCAUCAACUCAUCGCUGCCGACCGGCACCUGUUCACGUUGGCCUCGCAUGCCCUCCUUGGAAAACUCGCCGGCGAGCCCGGCCGCGAGAAGCCUUUGGAGACCCAAAUCAAGCUGUUGUCCGAGUCCCAAGAGGUUUUGCAGUACCUAAAUGCUCUCCCUACUCCUCCUCCUUCUGCACCCUGGCCAGGCAAGCGCAAAUGGGAUGACCCCAAAGGGGGUGAGAAGGGCGAUAAAGGGAGAGGUAGGGGUAAGGGCAAGUCGUCUAAAGGUGAGGGUCGCAAGGAGUUCACGGAAGGUGCCGCUUUCGAGUCAACUCCAAGAACCGUUGCGGCCGUGGUUUCCACAUCUGUUGGAGAGCCGGGUGUGGUGGCGACCACCCUGGCCAUCUGUGCACUAAGGGAUCUUGACUCCGGGCGGGGGGCUCCAUCCUGCUCCCGGAGCCUGCGCCGCUCUCUCCGCAUUGUGUCACGUCCCGAAGCCCUUGCCGAGCAACUGCUUCGCAAGCCAACCUUGGCGGCCCUUGAUGUUUUGAGAGUUUUCGACUUGUUGCCCAGGAAUCCAUCUAAACGAGAUGCCUUCCAUCACCGGAGCUUUGGUUGCGGUGCCUGGGUGUUCGGGUCCCAGAUCGGAAUUCGUACUGACACUAAGUCUUUUCCAAAGAGCGCCGCUCUCUUUUGCCGCUAUGUUCACCAAGUGAAUCCUCAUCACACCUUUUCCAGCUUAGUCUUGCUUGAUGAUGUUCAAAGCCCACUUCACGUGGACUGCAAUAACGACCGCUCCUCCUGGAAUCUUGUCAUCCCCUUGACCCGGUUUCGCAAUGGCCAAAUCUGGGAAGAAUGCGAAGGCGGGGCUGACCGCUUUGAAGACGCUUCUGGCACUUUCUGGGGGCGUCUGCAUGAGGUAUCCGCAGAGCCAGUCUUGCUUCAUGCCGCCGUGAACCGCCAUGCUGUUUUGCCUUGGCAGGGCCGCAGGGUUGUGUUGAUUGCCUUCACCCCCAGGGAUAGUCCUAAGCUUCCCCCUCCCGACCGUGACUGGCUACGCUCACUUGGCUUUCGCCUACCCUCCCCGUCCGCCUUGCCCAUCCCUGGCCCACCCAAGCUCUUUCUCGAGGUGUUUUCCGGCUCUGCAAACCUGGCUCGAGCCGCCGUUCCCACGGUUCGCCUUGACCUUGCUUCCAGUCUGGGCCGCGAUGCCUUGUUUCGCUUGUUGAGUGACAAAAAGCCUGCCGCGGUGCAUCUGGGCCCCCCUUGUGGCGCCUCUUCUCGGGCCCGUGAGCGGCCCUUGCCGGCAAAGUUACGAGCCCUCGGCCUCCGUGACCCUCGGCCGCUUCGGAGCGCCGACUUUCCCCUCGGCUUGCCUCACAUUGACCCUGCAAGCGAUGAUGGUUUGCGCUUGGCCGCCGCCAAUCGUCUUUAUGACCUGGUCUUUCAUGUCCUGCUUUGGUGCGCUGAGCACGACUGUGUCUUCACUCUCGAAAACCCCACGAACUCGUGGUUCUGGAGUGUGCUGGCUUUGAUGACUUGCAUGAGAUCCUCUUCGACGCUUGUGAGCACGGUGGUGCUCGCCCAAAGUCCACCAAGCUGCUCAGCAAUCGGGAUGCCUUUGGCUGCCUUCGUGCCCGUUGCAGCGGCCGUCAUGUGCAUGAACCUUGGGGCGUCAGCUGGCGCGCUGGAGGUCCUCGGCGCGCCUCCCGUGCAAGGGGGUGAUUCGGGGGAGGCCGCCGAAGUUCUUCCUGAAACUUCUCCAGACAGUGAGGGGCUUGGUCUGGAUAGGGGUGAGGAUUGCCAGGUUGGUUUCUACAGAGAUCCUAGUGAGUGGUUCCAGGCUGCCAAGAAAGUGUACCACCCUCUUGACUCCGAGAACGAACUCCCAAAGGGGCUGAAGGCUUCCCUUGAGGCCAACAUGGUUGCUGAUCGCCGGGCCCUUUUUCUUCGUCGAAAACUCGCACUGAUGAAGGCAGAGAUCCUUGCCAAAAAGUUGGAACAAGACGAGAGCAAGCUUCACUCAGCUAUGCCAUCGUGGAUGCAGACUGUGAUGCAAGGCAAGAGGAUCUUACUUCUGGAGUCAUUGUUGAGACAGCACAACUUUGACGACAUGGAGGCGAUCGAGCUUCUAAAGUCGGGGGUGAGGUUGUCGGGUGUGUCCGAAUGCCCUGCGGCCUUUGAUGUCAAAGUGAAAUCUGCUACGUCUACCGAAGCGGAACUCCGUCAAGUGGCUCCCUUGAAACGAGCAGCGUUACUUCUGGAAAAUCGUGUCUCCGACCCCGAGCUCGAACGCGAUUUGCUGAAGGUGACUAUGGACGAGGCAAAGGCUGGAUGGCUUCAGGGGCCUUUCAGCAGUGAAAAGGAAGUUUCAGAGCACUUGGGGAGGUCGGAUUGGAGUUUGAUGCGAAGAUUCGGCGUUCGACAAGGAGGCAAACUGAGGCCGAUUGACGACGCCUGCGAUUCCGACUUGAACAGCACUUUCACCAGCACCAUGAAGCUAAAGUUACAGGACGGUGACUUUUGCAUCUCUUUGGCUAUGGAAAUUGCAAAGCGCGUCGUGGGAAAGCCGGGAGUC